AUGCGUUAUCUAUUAAUCCAAAUCGCGGCGUUGAGCUCGCUUGCCACAGCAUCCAAGCAGAAGCCACUCGGCAAUGACCCAUCAUCCAACUUCAUAAAAUCCUCAAUAUACGGUCGUAACAUUGAUAUCUCGUCGCUUUCAGAGCCAGUCACUUUACCGCCCUCAUAUCAAUACCGGGAGCAAGAUGAUAGUUUAUUUGGUGGUAUCAACACUUUUGCCCAUCUCGACUUCACAGAAUGCACGAAACUCGAGAACAGUGGGACAUUUGACAUUGGAAUAGUAGGCCAUCCGUUCGAUCUAGGUGUGACCUAUCGACCUGGAGCGCGGUUCGGACCUAAUGGAGCAAGACAAGGAGCACGGAGGCUGUCACCAGAAGUUGGCUAUGAUAUGGAUCACCCUGGAAUCAAUCCAUUCAGGAAUUGGGCUAAAGUGGUUGAUUGCGGCGAUAUAUCAAACACGCCAUUUGAUAAGCUGGUGGCAAUUCAUGAACUUGAAAAGGGGAUGAAGGCGAUCAACGAUCUUAAGCCAAAGAACGAAUCUGCUGGAGAUGCAGUGAGACUUAUUACCAUUGGAGGAGACCAUACUAUCACUUUACCCAUCCUUAGAGCUCUCCACUCAACAUGGGGUCGUGUUGCAGUCCUGCACUUCGACAGCCACCUCGAUACUUGGGAUCCAAAACAGCUUGGUGGAGGCUUAACCAAGCAAUCUGAGGUCAAUCAUGGCACUAUGCUUCACAUAGCACAUGGAGAAGGUCUGCUUUCAAACAACAGCAAUAUGCAUCUUGGCUCUCGCUGUACGCUGGUCGACAAGCACUACGAUUUAAACAACGAUCUCCGCUGCGGGUUCAGCUACAUCCGUGCUCGGGAACUCGAUAAGCUUGGAGUAGACGCAGUCGUCAAGAAGAUCGUUGAGAGAGUUGGUGAUGAGUUUGUCUAUCUGAGUGUUGAUAUUGAUGUGCUGGAUCCUGCUUUUGCUCCUGCAACAGGGACGAUUGAGCCCGGUGGAUGGACGACUAGAGAGUUGCUGGCAAUCAUCAAUGGACUCUCGAACGCUGGUUUGAAGAUCAUUGGAUCUGAUGUUGUUGAAUAUACGCCGAUAUAUGACAACGCUGCUGAAUCGACAGGCAUCAUGGUCGGACAGAUCAUUUUUGAAAUCCUGCAUUGGAUGGUCAAAGUUCCAGUCAAGAAGCCAAAAGCAUAG